AUGUCGUCAUCUUAUUCACUUGAUAAGAUCAACCCGAAAUUAUUACGUCGUAUUUACCGAGCAUGCAGACCAUCCAAUGAUGAGCCCAAUUUGGCCCUCAAUUUAGAGAUUUGUGAUUAUGUUAAUGCUAAAAAGGGGUCUGCACCUAGAGAUGCAGCCAUUGCAGUAGUUAAAUUGAUUAGUCAAAGGGAUCCACAAACUUCGGAAUUGGCUUUAGCGUUAUUGGACAAUUUAGUCAAAAAUUGUGGUUACCCUUUUCAUUUGCAAAUAUCAAGAAAAGAGUUUUUAAAUGAAUUGGUAAAAAGGUUCCCCGAGAGACCUACAUUGAGAUACUCGCGUGUGCAACGUUUGAUUUUAGCACAGAUUGAGGAAUGGUAUCAAACUAUUUGUCGUACUUCUAAAUACAAGGAUGAUUUUACUUAUAUUAGGGAUAUGCAUAGAUUAUUGGCUAACAAGGGGUAUGUUUUUCCCGAGGUUAAAGUCGAAGAUAUUGCCGUGUUGAAUCCAGGUGACAAUUUGAAAUCGUUAGAGGAUAUUCAAAAGGAAGAAGCAGAGGUGCAUUCGGCUAAAUUGCAAGAAUUGAUUAGACGAGGAAGACCUCAAGACUUGCAAGAGGCUAAUAAAUUGAUGAAAAUUAUGGCUGGGUUCAAAGAUGACAAUGUCAAGGAAAACAAGAAACAAUUGAAGGAUGAUAUAGUCAGAUUGGGUAGAAAAGUUGAGAUUUUGGGUGAAAUGUUGCAAUCAAUUGAAAGCUCGGGUGAUAAAAUUGGCGAUGAUUCUGAUGAAGCUUUGCUUGAGUUGUACAGUUCAGUGAAAAGCUCACAACCUAUAAUAAGCAAAAUAAUAGAUCAAGAAGGCGAAGAGGGCGAUGAAGAGGUCAAUAAUCUCUUAGCCUUGAACGACAAUGUCAACAAAGUGAUACAAAAGUACCAAUUGUUAAAGGGUGGCAAAGUAGAAGAAGCAAGCAAACUCAACAUCUCUGGAGGAGCUGGAGCAGCAGCUGAUUUGAAUUUGAUCGAUUUUGAUGAUGAACCAGAGGAUGUUAAUGCAAGUAAGGAACAAGGAUACAACGAUUUACUAAGCGAUUUAUCCAACUUGACUUUUGGCGACAAUACUGGCAGUAAAUUGACCAACGGAAACAAGGUGAAUCCAUUGAAUUUGUACGGAGCUGGGGGUUCGAUAUCAUUGGGCGGAAACACAACACAAUUGCACCAACCUACGCCAACGACUCAAUCAAGCUCUUCUAACUUUGACUUGUUGAGUGAUUUGAAUUCGCCAUCACCACAAUUGCAGUCAAAUUUAGGUGUCAACAAACAAGCCCAAGGCUUGGAUCCGUUUGGAUUUGAUUUUCCAAGUACUACUCCUUCAAACUUGCAAAAGCAACCAGGAUCUCGCAGUUUCAUCAAUACUAUUAACGUUAACCAAUCUAGUGGUUCUUCAACUAACCUCAAGAUUGAAGUCGGGGUAUUGCAAGCAUCAGCUUCAUCGUUCAAGGGGUCCGUUUUGGUCUCAAAUGUCCAAUCUCAAACAAUUUCUCAGGUCAAAUUUAUGCUUGCGGUUCCUAAAUCAUGCAAACUUAAUUUACAACCUCAAUCCGCCGAUUCGAUCAAUGGAUUGACCAAUGAGGGCAUUACACAAGAUUUCACAAUUGAAAAUCCUCAAGAGAAACAAUUGAAAAUUAAAUGGAAGGUUGAAUACAAAGUUGGCAAUGAGUUGAAAGACGAUACAGGUGUGACUAUCUUAAAGUAG